CGUGUCCAGAGCAUAAUCUGUCUUUAUUUACUCCUGAAUCUCCCAUCGAUUCUCACCUGUCAAAGCAGACAUCAAGAUCGCCGCUAGGGAAAGGCAUUGAGUUGCUGCUAUAGCCGAAACUCUGAACCCCAACGCCGCAGUCGAAAAAGAGAUAAAGAAAAGUCAAAUCGGAGCCGGUCCAGCCAAGAAACAGACCACGACGUUCCCAGAACGGACUGCAUAGGAACUACCAACCAUCGAUCAAUACUGAAAGCAUGGCCAGCCAAACGCCUCUUCCCCGCGUCUCCAUCCAAUUUUGCACCCAGUGUAAAUGGAUGCUAAGAGCAGCCUAUUACGCUCAAGAACUGCUAUCCACGUUCUCUACAGGUCUCGGUGAAGUCGCUCUCCAGCCCUCCACAGGCGGAACCUUUAUUGUUUCCAUCACCCAUCAGGCUCCUGGGGCAGAGACCGCCUCCACAAAGACUCUCUGGGACAGACGUGAGGAUGGAGGUUUCCCCGAGACAAAGGAGCUCAAGAGAAGGGUGAGAGAUGUCAUUGAGCCGGAAAGGGAUCUGGGCCACGUGGAUAAAGAUUACGGAAAGAAGAAGGAUGGCGCAGUGGAAGAGAAGACAGACAAGACCGAGGAGAAGAAGUGCGAGGACUGCCAGUAACAUUUUCAUACUUGGUGUCCAGUUAAAUGCCUUACCUUGAAUUAUGAUGCCACGAGUGCGCAGUUGCAACA